UCGUCGUCACCGUGCUUACGCCCAACUGUCCAUCCCGCAGUCGCCGAUGCUGUACUAAUACUUUGCUGCUUUUCCGCCUUUUCUGUUCCUUCUUCUCGCCUCUCCUCUUUAAUCACACCAAAUACGAUCGUUUGAGCAUGCAUAUCGGAAAGGCUGGAUGCGUCGCAGCGCUGAGCUUCGGCCUCGCGAAUGCCGAUUUCUACCUGUACACAGAGCCUCCCAUCCCACUGAGUGCAGUGCCGACCUUCGCAAAUCCAUCAGACGCAUCAAGCUGGACCACCUCCGUUUUCCUCAAUGCCAAAAUCUCGUACGGCGACUUCACCCAAUCCUUGGGCGAGGCUUACAAGUCCUCCGUCGACUCCGCCCGCUCCGAGAUCAAAGCCUUCGCCGCUUCCGCCCAAAACUACAGUAUUCCGGCUGUUAUCACAGAUGAUGCCGCCACGACGUCCAUCAGCGACGGAGUACCGGACUGGUAUACCGCAUUGCCUUCCGCGGUGCGACAGUUCAAGGAGCAGCAGGUGGCCAAUCAGUUUAGCAUCGUGAGGGAGGUUAUCGCCGACGAUACGACCGCCACGGCGAGUUCGACCGGCGGAGCAAUGCCGACUCCCCGGGCUGGCAUCGGUGCGGGCUUUGGAGCUAUGGCCGCCAUCGCCGCGGGCGUGUUCUUGUAGAACAUUGCUACAUGGAGGAGGAGACUUGGAUCGGUCAUAAAUUGGAUACACAGAUAGCCCUGGGUGGCCAGACGCGAAGCAUUCUACAGGCGAUUGGGCAGAGCCAGUCCCAAGAGGACUCGUCCGGCGCUUCCAGUUCUGGCGUCGAGGCGUAAACGCUCUCGGAAAUACCUCAAUAUGGUCAGUCUCGAACGUGGCCUCAUUAGACUCCUACCAGGAAUCCUCUGGGCCGUACGGCUUUUCAAGCUCUAGAAGGUUCGUCUCGGGACACGGGACGGGAGUAACGAAGUUGAUGAAGAAGCCUGGGCCGGUCUCACAUGAGCAUUUGCUGAGGUGGCUGAAGCCAAUCGCUUGCAGUGAGGGCAAGCAAUCACAAAACAAUAUUCGCUACCUAAGACUCAUAAACUGGUGUACCUUUCCUUUCCUGUCUUCAUUUUCUGAU